AUGAAUGAAUCAUCGAUCGCUGCCACUGUCGGCGAAACAUUCCAUCGCCAACCUCCCCAACUUGGCGAAAUCGACUACAUAGUCAUAGCUGUCAUGUUGCUCAUAUCGUCCGGCAUCGGAGUAUAUUUCCGAUUUUCCGGAGGUAAACAAAAAACAACACAAGAAUUCCUGAUGGCCGGACGGGACAUGGCCGUGUGGCCAGUAGCGUUUUCUGUCAUGGCUAGUGGCAAAUCGGCCAUCACCUACCUCGGCGUGCCUUCUGAUAUGUAUGUUUACGGUACAUACUUUGCAUUUGUCAACCUGGGGAACACGUGUGGUGCUCUCGUUGCCGGAUAUCUUUUCCUGCCAGUGUUCUUCCGGACACGUGCUUGCACGACAUAUGAGUAUCUUGAAAAGCGAUUUGGACGUACUCUACGAGUAAUAUGUUCUUUAAGUUUUUCAAUUCAGUCGAUGUUGUACAUUGCUGUUAUUCUUUACGCUCCUGCCUUGGCUUUGAGUGCAGUGACCAACCUUACAAUAUGGAUGUCUGUUGUAUCGGUUGGGGUAGUCUGUACAUUUUAUUGCACUUUGGGUGGUAUGAAGGCAGUUCUUUGGACCGACGUUUUCCAAGCUCUACUUAUGUAUGGUGGCAUGGUGGCCAUGGUCAUCAAAGGCUGUUUGGAUGUUGGAGGCAUUGAAACAGUGAUAUCCAGGGCCAAAGAUGGAGGACGUCUCAUCAUACCAGGAUUCGAACCAGAUUUCACUACACGCUAUACAUUCAUCAACAUUUUUUUCUACGGCUUUUUCACAACGCUUUCUGCUUACGGUGCCAGUCAAAUGCAAGUGCAAAGGCUUCUUACCGUUCGAUCUGUACACAGAGCAAGAUGUGCUCUAUUUUCAAGUCUUCCAAUAACAUUUGUCUUCCAUGUUGUGAACUGUUUAGCAGGAUUGGUCGUUUUUGCUAAUUUCUAUGAUUGUGAUCCUUUGACAUCAGGAGAAGGUGUCAUAUCAAAGCCAGAUCAACUGUUGCCUUAUUUCUCGCUGACGGCCCUUGGAAGUAUUCCUGGGUUGCCUGGCCUUUGCAUUUGCGGUAUGUUAAGCGCCGCACUGAGUACCAUGUCCUCCAUGGUCAACUCGUUAACCACUGUUACAGUUGAAGAUUUCUUCAGGCCGAUGUGCGCCAAGAGAGGGAUGACCGAUGCUUACGCAACGUUCGUCGCCAAGCUCAUUACGUUAGUCUACGGUGGCAUUGGAUUGGUACUAACAUUCGUUGUGGCCAGUUUUGGGAAUGUUCUGCAAGCUUCUACGAUAGUCUACGGUUUGGUAGCAGGGCCAACUCUGGGAGUUUUUCUUUUGGGUGUUCUUACUUCUAGAAGUAAUGAAAAGGGAGCCAUCAUCGGACUGGUGAUGUCUUUGGCCUUGACAGCUUGGAUAAGUUUCGGUGGUGCCGCCACUAAUGUUGCUCAUCCCAGGCUUCCUGUAUCUGUUUCAGGAUGUCCUGGCAGCAAUUCCACUACACCUCUUCCUGAUUUUACGCUGGCGCCUCAGUACCAUAACAAAUCCCAUUAUACAACAGACUGGGAUGUUUUGACGGAGGGUGUUGCUACUGAAGUUUCAAAAGAGUAUGUUUUUCCCUUGUACAGAAUAUCGUACAUGUGGUUUACUCCCAUUGGUGUUAUGGCAACGGUAAUUUUCGGAUACUUGAGCAGUUUAAUUUUCUGUAAAUCUGCUAGUACUGACGAAUAUUUGUUGAGUCCUAUUGCCCAAAAAAUUUUUGGUCUAAAGCCACACCAAACUUAUACAGAUGUUGAGUUGACAAGUGCAAGUGCUUUGUCAAAUGGAACUGUGACGAAGGAAGAACUUAGUUCUUAG